UUGUCUAUACAGCUUCGUAGAGAAAUUACGAUGAUUUUUCUCUAAAUCCGAACUUAUGUUACUUUAAUUUACUAUAGAUAAGACAAAAAUAAAGUAUAUAUUUAGGUUUUGUGUAAACAGUGGGUGUUUAACUUUUACGAUUUUGUGAGAUUAUGAUCAAAAGUUUUGAGCAAUGGCGUCUGAACAGCCGGAUUUGCUGUUUUUCGACACAUUUUCCCACGAUACUAGCGAGGAAUUGAAUUUAGAUUUGGUUCAGUUUCCGAAGUCUGUGUUUGUGCGGGAAAUACGAAUCAUACCACUCGGUGCCCGGGUGGAGGGAGACUUUCCUGGUGGGGUGCGACUGGGUGCCACCAACCCCACUAAGUUUCACAUUGACUUCUUUGUGAAUGACCUCAGUAAGCCCGGAGCUUCAACAUUUGAGGCCCUGGGCAGCCUGGAGUACUGCCAGAAUGGACAGAUACACAUGGAGUGUAGUAAUGAUGCAGAGCAGCCGAGGAUUCCUACCGAUGGCCUCGUUUUGAGAGGUUUCUACACAACAAUAACUUUAGCUGUUUAUGGCACUCUGACACAAGUGGUUCCGGAUACACCGGCAAUCGUCAACCAGCCUCCCCCAACCCAGAGACCAGUGUCCAGGGAGGCCAGCUCCUUGCCGGCCAACGUUUCCCAGACAACCGAGUGGAACCAGGAGGCCUCGAACCCUAUACCCGCCCUCCCCUACGCGGCCAACGUCGCCACGAGCAAUCCCGACGCGUACGGGCCCAAUCAGUAUCCAGAAAAUUACGACAGCCAAGUAUACAGAAAUGAAUACUACCCCAACGAAGCUCCCAAGGAUCCUCGAACCUACCAUCACAUCGAGGACGCCGAGUGGGAGAAGGAUAGGCAGGAUAUUCCUUGCGAAAGAGACGCCGAUAGAUUGCGGCUAAGCCCCAGAUCUCUGGAGUUGGAAAGGGACAGGGAGAGGCGGGAGGGGCGAAGCCGGCGGCGCUCUCUCGACAGAGGGCGGAGUCGCGAGACGUCCCGACACAGGGAUCGAAGCCGGGACCUCGACAGGCUGGACCGCCUGCGGUCUCGGUCACGUAGUCGGGACCGGGACUAUGUGGUUAAGGGGGAGUACCGGCCCCUCAGCCGCUCGCGCUCCCGCAGCAUCGACCGCGACUGGGACCGCGGCUCCUACAAGAAGGACGACUACCGCCGCCACCGCGACUCCUCCUACGACCGCUCCCGCGCCGGCUCCUACGAGCCCCGCUCGCCCUAUGACAAACGAGCGCCGUCCUACGAGCGCAAACUCGGCUACGACAAGCGAUCACCGUACGACGCGAGAAGCUCGUCCUUCGAGCGACGCGCGCCAUCGCCCUAUGACAGAAAGCGCCACUCGCCGUACCGCGUGCGAGGCUCCAGCUACGGCAGUCGGUCGCCCAGCCGAGAUGACCCGAGGAAGCGGCCCCGGACUCCGCCCGGUGAGAGCAGGCGGCCUCUGUCCCCGCGCGACGGGGACGCCGCGAGCCCCAUCAACUCCGUGCGGUCGGAGGAGCCCCCCGAGUAUGACAGAACCGGAAAACUCGUCCCGCGCAUCGACUACUACCAUCCCAACUACAGGCACAAGAGCUCCAUCCGCAGCCCCUCGCAGGAGGCGGACCCGGCGUUCGCCGAGCAGCCGCACACCAGCCUGGUCACUGUGCCCAUCGUCGACACCGCGAAGUCGGUCGAAACUCCCGGCCGGAAUCCCGAGGACGAGUCCGUGGACGCGGAGCCGUUCGAGCCGAUCCUGUCCGACGAGGACAUCUGCGACGAUCUCGACGACCGCACAUACAUGGACGUCGACUACGACGCGAAGGAGUACUGCGGCGUCGACGACAUCAUAAAGUACUACAACCCUUUGAAGGACGAGUGGAAAAAAUACACCUACGUGAACAUACCUUACUUGCUGUCGAACGAUAAAAACGUCAAAGACGUAACGAGCGCCGGCUUCGACGUGCUGUGCGGUGCGAGCGUCGGUCUGUCCAAAAUACACGACAUCACCCGAGGCGCUAAGAAGCGCGAGCAGAAAUUCUUCUGCAACACGUUCUUGGACAUCGACAACUCGUCGCGGGAGGACUGGGUUCACCAGUGCGAGCUCCUCUACGUUCCGCUGACUAACCUGUGCAAAAAUACCGACAUAGUCCUGCGAAUAUUCCGCUCCGACGACGAGGAGGACGCCUGCGACGAGUUUGUCGACAUCUACAAUUUGCUGGUGACGUUCUGUCGAAUCGGCUUGAACUUCGAAUUCGCGCUCGCUCAGCAGCAACCGACGUACAAGAUCCGGCACAUGAAGUGCGGCGUUCGCCUGGUCGAGGCCCUGAUGGCUCACCGGCACAGCGGUCAGGUAAUGAGGCGUCUGCUGGACAAUGGUAUCGACAUACCCAUGCAACUCCUGGAGAUGUACUCCAAGGAGUACAUGGCCCUGAGUCUCCGGCUCAUGAUCUUGAAGUCGUUGAACGCCUGCUUGUCUUCCAAGGUUGCGAUCGACCGUUUCAUGCAAAACUCCAUGUUCCCAAAAUUCGAUAAGAACGAUAAUUCCAGGCGACCGAUGAACGGCUACCAGGCGCUGAUCGCGAUGAUGCAGUGCAACCCGUUGGGCAGGAUAAAGUUUUCCCUGAGCGCCCUCAUAAAGAAACUGAACAUAUACGAGGCGCUGGCGAAGCUCCACGCGCUCGUUAUAAACUUCAGUAAAACCACAUCGGAGAAAGAAUCUGAAGAAUCCGAGUUACCCGAAAGCGACGUCAACUUCAUAGUCGACUCGAUGGAGGAGAUCCUUUACACGUACCGCUCCCAGUGCUUCCAUCUCUCGCAACCUAAACGUUUCCUUCCCGCGUCGGCCCAGUUCGAAAUAAGCAAGGAGUGCUCCAACGAAAUACUUCUCGAGUUCUUCGACAUUCACAAUAUUCUAGAAACUUUCGUUUACCUCCUGAGCUGCCCGUCGACCUGCAACAACCUGGCGGUCACCAGCCCCAUCCACGACCUCAUCUUCGAGCUGGUCAACACGCCCAACGGCCUCGAGUUUCUGUACGAAAAGAUGGUGGCGAGCGAGAUCCUGUUCAAAAUUCUGAUUCACCCGGACGGGCAGCAGAGCCCAGAGGAGACCGCCUACCCACAUGACAGCAACCUGAGCAAUUACAGCGACCUGCAAAUUCUCGGCCUCGAACUGGCGUACCGGCUCAAGGCGAUGUACUACCUGCGGUCAAUCUGCGACGCGCAAGCGGGGAAGCCCGACGACAACGAGCUGAUCGACCGCCUCCAGGCGCUGUACUGCCUCAGCUUCGGCUGCGUCGGCCGGACCGCCGUCCCCGCCGUCGUCGUCAUGGGCGACAACGCCGAGUGCCUCAUGGCGGUCUUCGAGAGCGACCCGAAGACGAGGAGCAGGACCGAGUCCCCGUCCAAGCAACGGUCCCCCGCGAAGGGCUACGCCAUCGAGCUGAUCGUCUCGGCGGUGCGGUUCGCCGCCGACGUCCCCUUCCUGAAGAAGUACGGGCAGAGGCUGAUCGAUGUGUCCCGGGAGCACGACAGGUUCGAGCCGAGCGUGUCCAGCGUGUUACAGGAGGUCAUCCCGUACCUGAAACCGGUCGAGAAAAGCGACGUGCUGGCCGGGGAGGACCUCGCCGAGUGCGUGGAGAUACUCAAGGCCGGACUCGAGCACUCGGCGGACCUGCCCGGCGAGCUGACCACGUGCCUGCGGAUUCUCCGCCACUAUUGCAUCUCCGACUACGACAGGAACUCCCCCAUCGUGUGCGAGUCGCCCACCGAGGAGUACGUCGAGCUGAAGUACAAGUACAACGUGCUGCAGCUGUUCUCGCUGGAUGGCGUCGCCCACAUCGCGGGGAUCCUGGACCGCCUGGCGAGCCACUUCGACCAGCCGAGCAUGCACACUUCGCUGUUCGCGUCAGUCCGAGGCCUGCAGCUGGCGCAGCUGCUCGUGCCGAGCCUGCGAUUGCUCGACGAGAUGCUGGUGCGGGUGGUGCGGUGCCGCGGGCCGCGCUUCCGGGACCUCACCGCCGCGCCGAUCCUGCUCAGGACGUACGGCAUCGCGAAGUCCUUCCCGCUGGGCUGCAUCGGCUCCAGGACGGCCGAGCGCGCGGCGGAGGCGGCGGUGCGGGCGCUGCUGGCAUACGCGCAGCCCGUGGCCGACGAUGCGAAGGACGGGGAGUCGAUCCGGCGCGGGCUGUGGACGUCCCUGUGCUCGGAGGUGAUCCAGUACACGAUGACGGCGCCGUGCACGUUUGCGGCGGGGCUGCUGGUGUUCUCGGAGCUGCUGCCGCUGCCGCUGCCGCUGCAGACGCGCGUGGAGCCGACGGCGCGUGAGCUGGCCGACGCCGCCAACGAGCGCCGCCUGUGGUCCGCCCAUCUGCACGCGCUCGCCAACGACCUCGUCGAUAUGAUACAGGUGAUCUGCAUGUCGACCUAUCGUCCCGUGGCUCACAUGCUGCGGCGCGUGUGCGUGCAAGUAGCGGACCUCGCUCCUAACACAGCGUCGGUCGUCGCGCGUGCGGCCGUCGGAGCCGUCGUUAGAGAACUCGGUGCAGACCGGAAGACCGGGGAAGUCAAAGAGACUGGAGACGUCCGGAAGACCGGAGAGACCGGGGCGGCCAAAGAGGUGGAAGUUUUAGGGGCGGGGACGGGGGCGGGGCUAGCGCGCGCGCUCGGCCUCCUUGCGUGUUUGUUGUCGCACGCGCCCGUCAAGUGUGCCGUGCUACAUGUCAUGGCCAGCGGCGGACCGAAGGCUAACGACCUGCAGUUGGCGCUAUGCACGGUGCUGACUAAGUCGCCCAGCUCGGGCGAGCACGCGGCCGCUCAGGAGUGCGCCGCGCACGCACUGGCGGCGCUGUGCGACGGCGAGGUGACGCUGUCGCCACAUACCGAGCCCGAAGCCGUCGUCGGCAACUCGCUCCCGAGCCGGGAAGCCCUGGCGACGUUACUCGACGCCACUGCCGAUUGUCUCGCCGGUGAGAAGACUGCCGCCGUAGCCUCGUCCAUACUCCGCGCGUACUUUGUGCUGACCGAACACGAGUACGGUUUUACGCAGUUCAAGAAGUUUGUAACGCGGAAACGGGCGGCCCUCGGCAAGUUCUUCAGGUGGGCGCUCGAAGCAGGCGAGGAGCGCGCAGAAUGCCUCGCGCUAUACCUAGACCUGAUCAGGAUAUUACGGGCGGAGGAGGGUGAGGGGCCGGGCGGGAGGCGGGGCGUCCUCACGCCGGGCGAGAUGGCCGACAUGGUGGAGUACUCAAACGAGGACGCCCAUCCGGCGUUGAGUCUGGAGAAGACUUUGAAGGAGCGCAACGCCGACGAGGAGGUAGUAUCAAAUGCGACGUUCCUCGUCACCCAUCUCCAGAAACUACCGGAGAGCGAGGAGGCAGUGGCGGCCGCCGGGGGCGCGGCAGAGCUAGUUCCGCCCCCGCCGCAGCCUCUGGCGGCGCAGUGGGCGGGGCGCACGCUGCGGUGCGGGCACGCGCCGCACGAGCGUCUCACUGCCGGCUACUGGCUCACCGUGCCGCCGCCGCCAGCUGAAGACGACGUUGCGCUUGACUUAGUAUCGUGCGACAUCAUGGAGUUAGCUCAGGCGCUGCUAGGGGGCGGGGCGGGGGGCGGGGCGGAGCUGGCGGCGGGGCUGCGGCGGCUGGCGGGCGUGCCCGACGCGCGCCAGGACACAGUGGCCGACGACAAGCGGCCGGCGGUGGCGCUCGCUCGCGCCCGCGACGACGCCUUCCGCUCCCGCCCGCCCAACACCUCCCGCCCGCCUAGCCUGCACGUCGACGACUUCACCGCCCUGCAGCACGCGCCCCGAGCGAGACAUUACACGCCCCAGCACCAGACGCAGCAUCAGCUCGCCAGAGGGUCUCGGAGGUUCGGCAACGCGACGCCCGUGCCCGGACACUACCGCCAUCUUCGCGGUCGCGGCGCGUGGGAGAUGGGCGGCGGGCAGCACUUCGCCGGACACUUCCCCCCCUCGCAGCAGUACGGCAUGGGUGGCGUGGGUUGGGGCGGCGGGCGCAUGGCGCGGGGGCCGCGACAUCGCUCCUUCAUGCGCUGAGUACGCCCCUGCAUAAGUGUUGUCUCAAUAUAUCAUACACACUACAUACUACUUUUUUUUUCAAACCUCUAUC